AUGAUUGGAGAGAAAGAAAUUUGCAGUACUUGUUAUUCUUGCGGAAAGCUUGGACACCUGAAGAAAGAUUGUAAGAGCAUACGAGAUCAAGAUAGGCAGAUACAACAACCUAUUGAACAAGAGGUUGUUAGCAAUAUUCUCCCAGACGAGCUUCUUUGUCAUGUCUCACAACCUAUUGAUGAAGAUUGUAAGAACAGACGAGAUCAUCAGGAUUGUCUUAGCAUUCUCCCUGACGAGCUUCUUUGUCAUGUCUUGUCCUUCCUUACCACAAAGGAGGCUGCCUUGACAUCAGUAAUCUCCAAGAGGUGGCGCAAUCUGUUUGCAUUUGUCCCUAACCUUGACAUUGAUGACUCUGCCUUUCUUCAUCCCGGUAAGCGUCAUUCUGACAUAACUCGACGGAGGUUCCAGAAUUUUGUUAAUAGAGUAUUGGCUCUGCAGGGUAAAACUCCCAUUAAGAAAUUCUCCCUCAAAUGUACCGAUGUUUAUACAAAAUAUUUAGUGGAUGCUUGGAUGAGUAAUGUGUUAGCCCGUGGUGUUUCCGAACUUGAUCUAAAAAUCAGUUUGCAUUUGUACGAUGAGUAUCUGCUAUCUUCAAAAAUUUUCCAGAGCAACAGUCUAGUUAAGCUGAAAUUAGACGGUUUUUAUAUUGAUGGGUUGCCUGGAGGCAUAUUCUUACCAAUGCCUAAGCUGGAGGAAUUAGUCCUGGUUGAUAUAAUCUCGAGAAAGGAGGAUAUCAACGUAUCUAAUGCAAGCCUCAAGAGCCUAACAAUCGAUACCAGUUUUCGUUCUGGCCCUUAUUCAUUUGAUACACCUAGUCUUAUUUACUUCUCUUACACUGGUUUUGUUCCCAAUGACUACACCCUAGUUAAAAUGGAAAACUUAUCUGAAGCCCAAAUCAGACUUUUUGCAACUCGUUAUGAAGUUAUGGAACUGAUGAAUGCCAUACGAAAUGUUCGGUAUCUGGACUUGUCUGGCGAGACUCUCGAGGUGCUUUCUCUAUGCUGUGAAUCAAUAAUGCCAAUUUUCAACAACCUCAAAUCGUUAACUAUUAAGCGUGACGCAAGUCGAGGAUGGCAAGCAUUGCCAGUUCUUAUAAGUAACUGUCCGCAUUUAGAAACUCUAGUCAUUGAGGGUCUCUUGCACCAAGUUACAUAUAAAUGCGGGGAUGCUUGUGACUGCGUUUCUCGAGAGGAUAAGGGUCAGUCACUCACAUCUUGUCCAGUAAAAGUGUUACAGAUCAAAGCGUUUCAAGGAAGAGUCAACGAGAUGCACAUGAUAAAGCAUUUCUUGGACUAUUUUCCGUGUUUGAAAGAGGUAAAGAUCUUUAUGGAAGGGAAUGGUCCUACACAGCUCAGAGACCCCGAAGCGUUCGAAGUCAUCAUUGAGAAGAUGGAACUCUACAACAAGUUAUACAGUUGCAAUGUCCAGCUCCUAGUGAGUGGUAACUUGUAUAAGAAAUAA